UCCGGGCCUCUGGCGCCCAGGCGUGAGGGCUCGCGCAGCUGCAGGAGUCGCACUCCUUGGUGUGGGAGCGUCGGGCCCCAGGCCGCAGCCGGUGAAGCCCGGCUGUCCCGAGCGCGGUCGGCGGUAGAGGCCCUAGCGGGGUCGCGGAUCGGAAGGGGCCUCUCGCGCCGCAUCCCGAGGGGCCAGCCGAGCGUCCGGGCGGGUGAGGGGACCUGCUCGACCGCGCCCGGGCUCCGGCCUGCGUGGCGACCUGGUGCAGGUGGCUGGUGGAUUGUUCUCCCUUCCAAGAAGCUUCAAGGUCUGCAGUCUAGUGGAAAGAUGUCGGCUCUAACUACCCUGUUCCAGUAUAUUGAUGAAAACCAGGACCGCUACAUUAAGAAACUUGCAAACUGGGUGGCUAUCCAGAGUGUUUCUGCCUGGCCCGAGAAGAGAGGGGAGAUCAGAAGGAUGAUGGAGGCUGCUGCCGCGGAUAUCCAGCAGCUGGGAGGUUCUGUGGAGCUGGUGGAUAUUGGGAAACAAAAGCUCCCCGAUGGCUCGGAGAUACCACUUCCUCCCAUUCUGCUCGGCAAACUGGGCUCUGACCCCCAGAAGAAAACAGUAUGUGUUUAUGGGCAUUUGGACGUGCAGCCCGCAUCCUUGGAGGACGGCUGGGACAGCGAGCCCUUCACCUUGACAGAGCGGGACGGCAAAUUGUAUGGGAGAGGUUCCACUGAUGAUAAGGGGCCUGUGGCUGGCUGGAUGAAUGCCCUAGAAGCUUAUCAGAAGACCGGUCAGGACAUCCCUGUCAACGUGCGGUUCUGUCUCGAAGGAAUGGAGGAGUCUGGCUCUGAAGGCCUGGAUGAGCUGAUUUUUGCCCAGAAAGACAAGUUCUUUAAAGAUGUGGACUACAUCUGCAUUUCUGACAACUACUGGCUGGGGAAGAAGAAGCCCUGCCUCACAUACGGCCUCAGGGGCAUUUGCUACUUUUUCAUUGAGGUGGAAUGCAGUGACAAAGACCUCCAUUCUGGAGUGUACGGUGGCUCUGUGUACGAGGCCAUGACGGAUCUCAUUGCACUGAUGGGCUCUCUGAUCGACAACAAGGGGAAAAUCCUCAUCCCUGGCAUCAAUGAGGCCGUGGCCCCCGUGACGAGAGAGGAGCAUGAGCUCUACGACCACAUCGACUUCGACCUGGAGGAGUUCGCCAAGGACGUGGGGGCUGAGACCCUCCUACAUGACGUCAAGAAAGACAUCCUCAUGCACCGUUGGCGUUACCCGUCCCUCUCCCUCCAUGGCAUUGAAGGUGCCUUCUCCGGGUCGGGGGCCAAGACCGUGAUUCCUAGGAAGGUGGUCGGCAAGUUCUCCAUCAGGCUUGUGCCAAACAUGACUCCUGAAGUGGUCAGCGAGCAGGUUACAAGCUACUUGACUAAGAAGUUUGCUGAGCUACACAGCCCCAACAAGUUCAAGGUGUACAUGGGCCACGGUGGGAAGCCCUGGGUAUCUGACUUCAACCACCCUCAUUACAUGGCGGGGAGAAGAGCCCUGAAAACAGUUUUUGGUGUUGAACCAGAUUUGACCAGGGAAGGUGGCAGUAUUCCUGUGACCUUGACAUUUCAGGAGGCCACAGGCAAGAAUGUUAUGCUGUUGCCAGUGGGCUCAGCCGAUGACGGUGCCCACUCCCAGAAUGAGAAGCUCAACAGACAUAACUACAUAGAAGGGACCAAGGUGCUGGCCGCAUACCUGUACGAGGUGUCUCAGCUAAAGGACUGACAGGCCUGGUUUUCUGUGGACUGCCAGUCGGAGCAGAAGGAAUCCUGCCCUCUGCCCUGUCCUCUUCCUCUUCUGACUCGCCCAGGAAGUGGAAGUUCCCCUCCCUUUUCCUCUUACAGGUCACUCGCAGACUGCCAAGAAUGGACACAGGUGCAUCCAGCUGUCGGAGGGUGGAGUUAGCUGUGCUGGCAGUUGGAAAUGCUUAGUCCUGGGGCUUAUCAGGGACAGCUGAGUGACCCCCAGGGUAGGUUCUCAGAGGUGGCCAUUGUGACUCAGCCUCCAGAAAGCAGCCAAGGUCCAAAAGCACAAGUUCCUCAGGAGGCACCUGCCGUCGAAUUAGGGUGGACAGGGCUUGCUCUUCUCUGCCCGCCGCCUCCCUGCUGCCAGGCGUGCACAGCUGGGACACCCAGAAAGGAAAUGGGAGAUCCGAGGCUUCCUACACCAUGGUGGUCCCUCUGAGACCCUCACAGAUGUGUGUUUCUGUCCUCUCUUGAGACCUUGACCGUCUGUCUCCCCACUCUGUCACAGUCCCUUGGAACCCAGCCUGCAAGUGCUAGUGACAGCACCAGUGCCUCUCCGUCCACUCUGCUCAAUAAAGUGAAAACAGAGCCUCUGAA